AUGGCUUCGUCGGGCGAGCGCCUUCGCGACUGGUCCUUCGAAGGUUUCUACACCAAUCAAGAUGACCACUGGAGCAGCCAUUACCUUUUCCCCAAGAUUGGCAAGGAAGCCAGCGAAGUGUUCGUCCAAUACCUUGAGGGUCGGGGCAUAACGACGCCUACGCUAGACGAUAGCGUCGAGCAAUAUCUCAAGCUCCAAACGGCGCUCUGGAAGAAGUCCUCUCGCGUCGCAAAGCCAGGCCAUCAGUCUUUGAGGUUUAUGAGCGCUGCCCAAACCUAUCGCUGGAGCUAUGAUCAGGUUCUCGCUGAGCAUGCAGGGCAUGUCAUACAGGCCCUCGAAGGUAGAGGAUCUGGAACACGAUAUCAAACAACAGGCGAUGUCGUCUUCAUUUUCAAUGAGAAUUCCAAGAAACCCUGCGGUAACCCCUCCUGCCCAGAUACAAAGAAAAGGGCCACUGGACAGAUUCAACCCUCUCGUGUCGUCACUCUCGAGCCGCUGCUUGACUGGGGAACUGUUGAGCCGGCCUCAGACAUCAUCGUAGCUGCCGGCAGGAUCUUUCCAUUUCGCCGCAACGGACCAAGGAUGAAGGAUCCAUUGUGGACACAGGUGGCUAGGAAGCUAGUGCCUCAGCAGCCGCCCACCUACUGUCUGGGCUGCAUCGAAGAGCUUGUUGAUAGACAUGCGGAAAAGGUGCUCGCCAGUCAACCUCAAGGAGCUAGACACUUCCAUUCCCUAAUCCGGCCUAUUCGGCGUCCUACAUCGAAGGAAGAUUUGUACGAUCUGAGGGAGGGUAGCGACUCGGAAGACGAUCGGAGCGUGGAAGGGCUGGCCUGUUCAACCACCGGCUCGCUAUAUCUGGAUGGCGCCACAGACGAAACUCCACAUACAGAGCCUGUUGACUACACGUCCUACCACAGUCUUGGAAUAUUCCCUACGCUCAAGGAUCGCGAGUCCUCAUGGACAAGUGCGUACAAUGUCCUCUUCGUUGGGGACAAAAGGAGCGCUGGUGAACCGAUUUCUCCACAGUGCUCUCCACGCUCUUUCACAACUCCGUUGGAUUCAUCUAGUCUCAACCGCGUCUACUCCCCACUUCUGUCUUUGAGCCUUCAUUACAACACUCCGCCGCCGACUCCAGGUAAGCCAAAGACCCGCAUUUACGUCCACCGAGAUCCAGAGUCUGUACAACACGCCGAAUACGAAAAGUUCGGCAGCAAGGCCCUGUUGACAGACAGUGUCCCGGAUUUUGGCAGUGGUAGUCGCAGGUUCGGUCGCGAUAUCGAUACUAACGCCGUCCGCGGUUUCUUCACCAAUCACCGUGUACGACGAGAGAGCAUGGCUAGAGCGAAGGGCACCGACAUCCGCAACUUCUUCACGGUAAUAAAUCCCGAGGGUCCCUCGACACCUCAACGCGCGGUCAAGACCAAAAACGUCGAUGGUGACGAUACGGACUUGAGCGAUGUACCAUCCGACAUAUCAGAACAGGAAUAUGACCCAGAUGGGCCGGGCGGCGAGUAUACACCCGUGAAGAAGAAGGGCAAACCAUCGUCGAACAAGAAAACGCCAAGCCCCCCGUCGAAGCCCGCAGGCAAGAAACAAUCACCGCAUGCGCCUAUGUACCGUAAACGCGACCCAGCCGCCAACAAUACCGUCCCAUUCGGCAUCACCAAAGAGGCUUUUGAAACCCACCUCCAGCAUCUUCCCGCCAAAACCGACCUAAUCUGCUCCUGCCGCAAACCAGCUCGCACCAACGAAGUCCAAAUCACGCAAUGUAUGAACAAGGACUGCAGAGUGCGCUGGUACCACAAGGACUGCCUUGAUAGGGUUGGCAAGCUGAAAGCUAGGCAUGGGACCUACUUUUGCGAGCAGUGCCAGAACGAGAAGUACUAUGCAGAUCUAUCUCAGGCCAACGGAUGGAGUACGAAGAAGUUGGUGCAGAAUGAGAUUGGAAUGCCGUUUACGGGACAAGAGGUAGCGGGCACGUUUGGUAAUACCGGGGACUUCCAGGCUGCUGCGAAUUCAUAUGGUCUUGCAACGUCGAGUCCUACCAACAUGCUCUCUGCGUUGGCUGAUCCUUUCACUCCAACGAGUGCAGUGGGGCUGAGUCGUCUUGCUGUGGGCUCUGAGCCUUCUCUUGGUCUGGCGACGUCGCGCCCGUACUUUGUCAACAAGGCUUAUACCCAAGGACAAGAGAAUGCGCGCAUUGCCGACGAGGACUAUGAGCAUGCGCAGAAGUAUGGCUUUUACCCUGAGCGAUGGGAUGAAGAGGGCGAUGAUGGUGACGACGAACUCGAGGACGAAGAUGAAGAUGGAGAUGCGGAUAUGAGUGAGGCAUUGUAG